UGAACGCACCCCGUUUUCUGUUUUCAGGCAGACUCCCGCACCCUCCUGUCCCAAAUUAAUGACGUUACAUGUCUUUCUCUCUCCGACUGAUGACGAUUCGAAGCCAUCGCCCUCAUUCCCUACUGUCGCUUGAUGGUUUUUGUGUUCCUCUCAAUUUGUAACAUGUACCGUUGGAUUGCUUGAGAUUUAUAAAACAUUUUCUUGGUCAGUUUCAUACAAGGCGACGGGCAGUGGAAUUUGUGACCCUUGUUUAGUGCUGCAUUUUCUGGUUUUUACGAUUUGACAGAACAGAAUUUGACACCAGCCUACAUGUGUUUCCGUGAAGCAGUUUGAAUAAGCAAGGCCUGGAAGCUGGCCAGUUGAAUGGAACAGCACAGCGAGUGGCUGCCGCCAUAACUGGACCCCAUUGUGGCAGCCACUCUCUUUAACCCAAAGAACCCACCCCCACUGGGCACCAAAUCAAAGUGGGAGUCCAAUGCAGGAGAGGAUCCUGGGCGCUGUUUCUGGCUGAGUGAUGUUUGAAGUUAAAUCCAUGACUGUGGAGCGCAAAGAGAUGGGACCCAUCACUGAUGUGGGCUGCAGUGAGGAUCUUCCUGAGGCAGAGCUGGUGAGCCUCCUGGAGGACCAGCUGCCCCAGUACAGCCUGCGGGCCGACUCCCUGUACCUGUACGACAGCCAGGACUGGGUCCAGUCACCCUCCUACUCCACCGACGACGUAUCCAGUGCUCUCUCACCAGUGCUGGCAGAGGAGACCUUCCGAUACAUGACCUUCCUUGCAUUGGAGCCCCGCAGCCUUUCCCAAGUUCUAGGUUCAGACAGAGUGGAGCAGAUGACCAAAACCUACAAUGACAUCGACAUGGUCACACAUCUGCUGGCUGAGCGCGAUCGUGAUCUGGAGCUGGCAGCUCGGAUUGGCCAGUCCCUGCUGCAACGAAACCAUGUGCUGGCUGAGCGGAACGAGGCCCUUGAGGAGCAGCUGGCACAGUCCUUAGACCAGGUGAACCAGGUGCAGCACGAGCUGUCGAAGAAGGACGAGCUGCUGCGCAUCGUGGCCAGUGCCUCGGAGGAGAGCGAGACCGACUCCAGCUGCUCCACGCCGCUUCGCCACAAUGAGUCCUUCACCAUAGCUCAGGGUCUCAGCCAGCUGGAGGCGCUGCAGAGCAAACUGAGGGAUAUGGAGGAGGAGAACCUGGCCCUGCGCUCCAAGGCCUGCCACCUGAAGACUGAGACCAUCACUUACGAGGAGAAGGAACAGCAGCUGGUCAGCGAUUGUGUGAAGGAACUCAGGGAAUCCAACAGCCAGAUGGUGAGGCUGACGGAGGAGCUCGCCCAGAAGAACGAGGAUCUGGUGAGGCACCAGGAGGAGAUUGCAAACUUGCUGUCCCAGAUCGUGGACCUGCAGCACCGCGUCAAAGAGCUGGCCAUUGAAAAAGAAGAGCUGAAAAUACAUCUGCAAGCCUCCAAAGUCGCUCAGCGCCAACUCACAGCAGAGCUUCAUGAUCUUCAGGAUCUGAAUGCAGAGUGUCUGGGAAUGCUCCACGAAUCCCAGGAGGAGAACAAGGAGCUGCGGAGCAAAACCACGGCCACCACCUCCAUGAGACGCCACCAAUCCUACGGGAUCUUCCCCAUGGACUCCUUGGCUGCGGAGAUUGAAGGAACGAUGCGCAGGGAGCUCAGUGGGGAGGAGGACGAGACCUCUUUCCAUGACCAAAGGAGCAAACAGAAACGGGUUUUUGAUGCUGUCAAGACUAUAAACGAGUCGGUGCGGUCUCACUCCUCCAUGACCCGCCGCCCGCUGCCCAUCCCCGGAUCAAACCAAACCAACGUCAUCAUGACGGCACAGCCCUUCCUGUCCGGGGACAAGAGCAGCACUGAGCAGGCAACACACAGCGCCAGGGAUGGUCACGGGCUGGGUCAGCCCGGCACCCCUGGCAGCAGUGACCUGGGGGCGGCGCUGCACCGGCUCUCCCUGCGGCGGCAGAAUUACCUGUGCGAGCGGCAGUUCUUGGAGGAGGAGCGGGAGAGGAAGCUGCAGGCUCUGGCGGAGGAGGACGGGGAAGGCAGCGGCUGCAGCACGCCCUGCGGUAGCGUCUUCUCCACAGGGACAAACCGCUCCGACAUAUCAGGGACUUCCAGCAGCUUCAGGACCUUCCUGCCUGAUAAACUGCAGAUUGUCAAACCAAUAGAAGGAUCCUUGACUCUGCACCAUUGGCAGCAGCUGGCUCAGCCACACCUGGCAACCAUUCUGGACCGCCGACCUGGGGUCGUCACCAAAGGCUUCAAACCACUGCCAGAGGACACAGUGUACCACCUGUCAGACCUGGAGGAGGAUGAGGAGCAGAGGGCAAAGAGGGAGGUGGAGGAGGAGGAAGGAAUCACCUUCCAGGUCCAAUAUACCUCAACGCCAGAGGAAAAGAAACGACCCCCCCAGGAAGAAGGGAGUCCUCCAAACAUCUUCCUGCCAAAGUCCCAAAUCCUCAGCAUGACAGCCCCCUCUUCUUCUCAUAACCCAGGAAAGUGUCUUUCCUCAACCCACUCUACCUACACCUUCACAAACUGCAGGAUUCUCCACCCGUCCGACAUCACCCAGGUCACACACAGCUCAAUGUACGAACCUCUGCCCCUCGGAGACAGCACUCCGAGUUCCAUGAGGACUGGCCCCAGUACUCCAGGUACGCCCUGCCGCAUGAGCCUGGGAGAGGCCUUCACCCACCGGCGCAACUCCACCACCACCCUCAGCACCACCAGCGGCCUGGCCAAACUCCUGCAGGAUCGGGGCAUCUCCGCCCAGGUGUACAGCAGCCCAGUCUCAGAGACUCCAUCCCCCAUUCGGAGCUCAAGAAAAGCAGCAUCUCUCCUUGCUCCUCCCUCCACCCCUCCCAACUCUCCGUGCGGCUCCCCUGUCCCCUUCGAGCCUCGCCAGGAGAACUUCCUGGCCUCGCGGCCGGCUGAGGUGUUCCUGCAGGAUGUGUACGGCCUCAAGCCCAGUCGGAGCCGGCCCGAUCUCACCCAGAACAGAGUCAAUCUGGUGGAGAGGCUCAAGAGGCUGGGCUUCACCAAGGUGCUGCAUGGGGGGCCCGAGGGGGGCCUGCAACGCCAUGAGUCUGCCCUCUUUGUGGCCACUGGAGGAGGGAGCUUGCUGGACGGGCUGAGGAGGAACCAGAGCCUGCCAGCCAUGAUCGGAGGCCUGGGACCCCCUGUCACCAGCUCCCCCGCAGUCCCCCUCACCCUCCCGCGAAUGGACAGCGUGAGAGAGGACAGGGCUCCCGAGAUCAAAUCACCAGCAGGAGAGACGGCUGAGUGAAACGGACCAGCCUUAAGGACUGGGCAACAGUGGAAAAACUGGGGAAGGGUUUGUUAAUAUAAAGAGCGAGGAGCAAAUACAGGGGAGGUUAUAAACACAUUUCUCUGAUUAUUUGUUAACACAGACAUAAAAAAAAAACAAUCUGUCAAUUUCCAAAAAUACCAGUUUCAAUUUCAAAUCACAAAAGCAUACAAUUUACAGUUGCAUUAUAUAUUAUUAGUAGAAUUUUGUAAAUGUUGACCAAGCUUGUAAAACAUACUGUAAGCAAACAAUUUUGUUAAAUGUAAAACUGAAAAGUACUGGAAGAUUUAGUAAACUGUAUGGACACAAUAAUACUGUAGUUCCUAUACUGGAGUUACGGUAUGUGCUUAUAUAUAUAUAUAUGGGAAGGUUGUGUUCUUGAGAGGUGUUGUAGUUUACAGAAGGAAUGUGGAAGUUGAAGAUGGUAAGAGAAGGUUUGAAAAGAUAGUGUGAGAGAGGGAGAAAGAGGUAGGGAAUUUAAAGGCUGAAGGGAAGGGAGAUGAGAGAAAAGGAUGGAGAUAGAGGGAUGAGGUAAAGUGAAGGCUCUAUAAGGCAAACCCCUUAAGAAAUGGCUAAGCGGUCCUGGUUACCAAGGCCGCAUCUAACCCCUUUAAAUAAAAUAAAGACCACUUUCCCAAGGCAAAGUUGUAUCCAGUUGGAGGAAACCCAGCACUCCCACCACCGAUGAAAGCAUGUCUGAAGAAGCAUUAUGGUAAACACUAGGUAGCAAAACUGUUUAAAAAGCUUAAAGCACAUUUUUUUACAAACAUAAUGGUGUACACAGACAGGUGACCCAUUGAUUUUUAAGCUUUGUUUUAACUGUCCAAGGAAAUUCAAAAUAAUGAAGACACAAAGCUGUGGGGGAACAGCCUUUUGCAGUUCUGGAAUGUCCUUCAUUGGAGUUCAGAUCCAGUUGGUUACGCUGUCUGGCUUUUGGAAUUCUAGCCUUUUUGUAUAUUUUAUUUUUUAAAGUGACGUGUGAGAUGCUGGUAGUCCAAGCCUACUUGCCUAAAACCAGCUUAUUUUAUUGACAUGAAAUCAAAGCUCCGAAUAAUUUCAUUGGAGCACAUUAUAAGGCAUGUAAAACAUUCCAAGCGUUUUAGAAAAUGAGGGAAUGUAUUGCAGAGGUUCUCUUGUUUUUAAAAUAUAAUGGUGUCUAUCAAUGGUCAACAUGUUGCUAUUUUGUACCAAAAAAAAAAAGCUUCUUAUGAGAAUUGUUCUUCUAACCUAUUGGCGCGAUACUGUCUCCUUUUCUUGUUAUAAUUCUGGAUCUGGAUCAAUUUGUGCAAUAAGAUUCUAUCCUGUUACAAGUGUUUAUAUACAGUUAUUUAAGUUAACCCUUUGCAUUCUCAAAGCAUGUUAAGAUUGUUGUAACUUUUAAAUAAUGCAUUAUUAAACGUUGUGAAUGCAAAGCAGAUUCUGAGCUUCUCCAGUAUAACUGCAGUCAGGAGACACCAUUAUGGGAAAACCAGUGCUGCACUAUAGAGGGUUUCCUUAUGCUGCUGUGCUUGGCUCUGAGGUGGGCAAAAAGAAUGCAAAUGAGUGUGUUCAUAUAUUUUAUACUUCGGUAUUAUAGGAAUAAAGACAUGUUUGCAAUAUUACAUAAACCUCUACCCCUUAUAGCAAAUAUUAAGUAAAAUAUAUUGAAGUGUUUAGUCAAUAGGAAUUGUUCCCUUUGUAAGGAGGAACCCCCCCAGCUUUAUCUGUUAGUUGUCUUAGUCAACCAAUGAUCAUAUACGUGAUGCACACAUGGGAAAAUAAGCCAUAUGUUUGCUGAAUACCCGAUCUAGUGACUGUUUUUGAACCAUGUUCCACAGGGUUUGGUCACAAGGUCACCAACCUGACUCUCCUCCUCAGUCCUGAAUGUUAACAAUUCAAAAUAUGAUUACCGUUGUUGUUGCUUUAUCUAACCAGGGCAGCUACUGACCAUUUAUUACCGUACAUCCUCAGAUUAACACCACCCUUGAAUAAACGCUGCAGCUGUUUUAGGCAAUUUAAAAUAAACAAUGCUGUGUUCAUAUAUGAAGAUAUACGGUAGACUAUCCAUCGGAGGAGUCAGACCGUUCCAAGCAGCUUUUCUGCAAGCACAGAAAUCCAAAACAGUAACUCAACCUGUUGUGGGCUGCUGUGUAUAAAACUAAUCUUUCACUUAAGAAGAAAAGCUUAAACAAUAUAUAAUGAAAUGCUUUACUGAUGUGGAAGAUGGUUAACCGUUGCGUGGUUUUGGGCAUUCAAGGGAAGUUUUGCACAAGAAGGGAAAUGUGUUGGCAUGUAUGCCGGUAUUCCACCUUUUCCUUUUCAUUAAGUUUUCCUUUUGAUACUGUUAGGACUGUGCAUGUCGAUUUUAUAUAAAAAUUUCAGCUAACUCGGUUGGUGGCUUGGGAAACCCAUGGCUUACUUUCAGGUCAUAACAUGGUAAAGUCCCAACAAGGUUACUGUUCAAAUUGGCCAAUACUGUAAGGAAACUGAAGAACUGCAAAAUAAUUAGAAGUGUAACGGUAAUGGCUAGAUCCCCUUUGUUAAACGUAGCAUGCUUGUCCUAUUAUUAGAUGUGAGUUAUAUGUAGUAAUUUAGGUUGACGCUACUCGCUUGUGUUUAUUUUAUUAUUUUCACAUGAUGUGUUUAUAUAUAAUAUAUGCAGGU